UCCCGCCUGCUCCGCAGCGCCAGCUCGGCAGGCGCGGGGAGUGAGUCUCGAGUGAGACCCGCCAGGCUUCAACUCCCCGGCGCCGGAGCUCGGCGGGCAGCAACUUUCUCCCCGGAGCAGCCGCGGCGGCGGCUGCUGCCGUGGCAUCCGGAGCGGGAGCCGGCGGCGGCGGCUCCUGCCCGCUCAGGCUGUCCAACCCUCCGAGACCGCCCGCCUGCGGAGCCUCGUCGCCCCGGGAAGCCCCGGGCCCCUGCUGCCCUAUGUCCCGCAAGGCGAGCGAGAAUGUGGAGUACACGCUGCGGAGUCUGAGCAGCCUCAAGGGCGAGAGGCGCAGGAAGCAGCAGGAGCCGGACGCGGCGAGCGCGGCCGGGGAGCGCAGCCUCCUGGCGGCCGCUGAGUCGAGCAGCAGCCUGCAGAGCGCGGGCGGCGGCGGCGGCGUCGGGGACCUGGAGCGCGCGGCGCGGCAGCAGUUCCAGCAGGACGAGACCCCCGCCUUCGUGUACGUGGUGGCGGUCUUCUCCGCGCUGGGCGGCUUCCUGUUCGGCUAUGACACCGGGGUGGUGUCGGGGGCCAUGCUGCUGCUCAAGCGGCAGCUCAGCCUGGACGCGCUGUGGCAGGAGCUGCUGGUGUCCAGCACGGUGGGGGCGGCCGCCGUCUCGGCGCUGGCUGGCGGGGCCCUCAACGGCGUCUUCGGCCGCCGAGCCGCCAUCCUGCUGGCCAGUGCCCUCUUCACCGCCGGCUCCGCGGUGCUGGCCGCAGCGAACAGCAAGGAGACCCUGCUCGCCGGACGCCUGGUCGUAGGGCUUGGCAUCGGCAUUGCUUCCAUGACAGUGCCAGUGUACAUCGCCGAGGUCUCACCACCCAAUUUAAGAGGUCGCUUGGUCACCGUGAAUACUCUCUUCAUCACAGGAGGCCAGUUCUUUGCAAGUGUUGUUGAUGGAGCGUUCAGUUAUCUACAAAAGGAUGGAUGGAGGUACAUGUUGGGACUUGCAGCAAUUCCAGCAGUUAUACAGUUUUUUGGCUUUCUCUUUUUACCUGAAAGCCCUCGAUGGCUUAUUCAGAAAGGACAGACUCAGAAGGCCCGUAGAAUUUUAUCUCAGAUGCGUGGAAACCAGACCAUUGAUGAAGAAUAUGAUAGCAUCAAAAACAACAUUGAAGAAGAGGAAAAAGAGGUUGGCUCAGCUGGACCUGUGAUCUGCAGAAUGCUGAGUUAUCCCCCAACUCGCCGAGCUUUAAUUGUGGGUUGUGGCCUACAAAUGUUCCAACAGCUCUCAGGCAUUAACACCGUCAUGUACUACAGUGCAACCAUUCUGCAGAUGUCUGGUGUUGAAGAUGAUAGACUCGCAAUAUGGCUGGCUUCAGUUACAGCCUUCACGAAUUUCAUUUUCACACUCGUGGGAGUCUGGCUUGUUGAGAAAGUGGGCCGCAGAAAACUUACCUUCGGUAGUUUAGCAGGUACCACCAUAGCACUCAUUAUUCUUGCUUUGGGAUUUCUGCUAUCAGCCCAGGUUUCCCCACGCAUCACUUUUAAGCCAGUAGCUCCAUCAGGUCAGAAUGCUACUUGCACAAGAUACAGUUACUGUAAUGAAUGCAUGUUGGAUCCAGACUGUGGUUUCUGCUACAAGAUGAACAAAUCAACCAUCAUUGACUCCUCCUGUGUUCCAGUUAAUAAAGCAUCUACAAAUGAGGCAGCUUGGGGCAGGUGUGAAAAUGAAACCAAAUUUAAAACAGAAGAAGUAUUUUGGGCUUACAAUUUCUGCCCUACACCAUACUCCUGGACUGCACUUCUGGGCCUUAUUUUAUAUCUUGUUUUCUUCGCACCUGGAAUGGGACCAAUGCCUUGGACUGUGAAUUCUGAAAUAUAUCCCCUUUGGGCAAGAAGUACAGGAAAUGCAUGUUCAUCUGGAAUAAACUGGAUUUUCAAUGUUCUGGUUUCACUGACAUUUUUACACACAGCAGAGUAUCUUACAUACUACGGAGCUUUCUUCCUCUAUGCUGGAUUUGCUGCUGUGGGACUCCUUUUUGUCUAUGGCUGCCUUCCUGAGACCAAAGGGAAAAAAUUAGAAGAAAUUGAAUCACUCUUUGACAACAGGCUAUGUACGUGUGGGGCUUCAGAUUCUGAUGAAGGAAGAUAUAUUGAAUAUAUUCGGGUGAAGGGAAGUAACUAUCAUCUUUCCGACAACGAUGCUUCUGAUGUGGAAUAAUUUUCAACUGCUGAUAUAUCUGGUUAUUUAAACAAACUUGUGGGGAAAGAGCAGCAAUUGGUGACCUCACUGCCCUGCUUCUAAUCUGAUUUUUUCCACAGUCUAGUUUUGAAUAGCUUCAUGUUCUAGAAUAUUUGAUUAGGAGGAAGAUACAACCAAGAUGACUUUUUGUUUUGUAUAAGCAGAAAUGUACAAAAAAUAUUUACAGAGAUUUUAAACUAAUAAUUAUUGAACAAAUGUGUGUAAUUCCUUCCUGAAAUAAUCUAAAAUGAAUAUUGUAUCCAGUGACUUCAGUGCUAUCCUUUUUUCUGAAAACCAUAUGUAAUUAUUAGUGGCAACUGAGUCAGUGCUAAUCUAGCUGAAUCAUAUAUGUAUGAUAUACUUAUAAUGCAGGAUUCUGGAACAUGUUCCAAAGGUGUUUUCUGUCAAACAUGGUCUAUUGGCACUAAAUUUUUCUAAGCAGAAGUAUCUUAUCUGUGAUCAGCUAUUAGAAAGUAAAUUCCAUUAAGCUUUCACCAACAAAUUCAAAAGUGCCUCCUACAAGGGCACAGCUGUCCUUAUCUCCUUUGGAUUCCACAUUUUGGUUUCUCUCUCCAAUUCAGAUCUUGAGAGCUCUUCAGAAACUGACUACACAGGAUCUUUUGAAUAUUAUGAAAAGCAGGUCUUUUAAGGUAUAUUUUCAUACAUAUUUUUUUGGAUCAGUGAUAAGUGUACAUUUGCACAGAUAAGCUAGCAAGUUUUGAUAAGUAUAUUUUAUUGCUAGAAAGUCAGAAAGAAAAAAGAUUUUUAUGGAUCUCUAAUUAAGUUAGUCACUUAGGUAUUCAACUGUGAAUACAAAUAGUACUAGAUCUUCAACUGCAUUUCAGGGUCAGUCUUUGUUCUUACUCAAAUCAUCUGAUAUUCACCAUGCCUUCGCUCAUCAACUCUGGAGUCCUACUAUUUGUGCCUUCAUUUGUGUUAUAUAAAUAGCUGCUAGCAGACUAUUUUCCCCUUCUUUUAUUCAAAUAAUUUCUGGAACGAAGAAGAAAAUCAGUGACAAAUAAUCCUAUUAUUGAUAUUUGUUAAAUAGUGGGACUUAUUUUUAAUUUAUUUUAACUUUUUAUUAACUCUUCCUAUGGGAAUUGAUAUAUUUUUUUUUAACUUAAUAGUACUUGUCCUUUUUUACUGUAAGGGCAUAAACUAGUUUUUAUUUUGCAUACCUCUUCUCAUUUUCCCUGAUAAUUUACCCUCCUCCACCCUAAACCCCCCCAGAAAUACACAAAUUUGUCUAUAGGUGUUUUUCUCAUGCUUGGUUUGGAUUUUCCUUCUUAUCUAAAAAUUGGAAUUUUUCUAUUGGAACAAAUUAAUGAUUCUCAUAUAGCACAUAUCUUUAAGAAAUGUUGACUUACUACAUUUCUACAAUGUCUUUUCAAAGUGUUCAUUGGUUUUUAUGUUUACUCAUCAAUGAACUCUAAUUUUUGCUCUUAUAUUAAGAACUAUAUAGUAUGUACAAAUUUACUUACAAAAUUGCUUGCUAGUUCCAGUGAAAAUAUUAAUGACUCUUCUGUGGCCAGUUAGAAAUGCAUAAGUUUAAUGCAUUUUAACAUGGCUCUAAACAUCUAGUAUGGUACUCUUUUGAAGUGAAAAGGUGGCUAUCUCUAAAUUCGAUAUGUUUCUGCCAAUCUCCAAGAUGUUUUUUUUCCCUCUAAGUCUAGUUUGUUCAUAUCUACUGUCAAAGCUGAAAAUGUAGCCAAGAGGUUCAUUCUCUAAGCCACCAGGGAUAAAAGUGUUUCAACAGUCACUUUACUGGCCUAAAAAAUUUUCUGCCUUUGAUCAUUACAUAUAAUAAAAAACAUUAUUUUAAAGAGUUUUUUUCCUUGAAUUAGGUGCUUUGGCAAUUAAUUUCUAAGGAGAUAUUAAUAUUAAUUUGUCUCAUAAAAGCAGAUAUAAUUUCAUAGAGUAAAUUAUUCUAUGGCUAUUUCUCAUCCCAUAAGAAAUUUCUUAUCUGUGUAAUAUUUCACACAUAUAAAGUGGAAAAUGAGCUAUUAUGUAUUAAAAUAAGAUUAUGAUGGGGAGAAAAAUUAUUUAGACCAAUAAAGUACUAUCUUUCAAAAUAUUUCUGAUUUAUCCAAAUAAUUGCCUCAGCCCGUCUUUAUCAUAUACAUAGCCUUAACUCAGCUGGGCUGAAUGCACAGUAACUUUAUUAAAGGAGGAACUUGACUUUGUAAAGCAGAACAAGGCCUGUUCUCCCUGACAUAAGCAAAGAGUGUUUUAAAUUUUAUAUCCAUAAAUGCACAUAACAGGGAAAAUUACCCACAGUUCAACCUCCUCUAUUCUCUACAACCCCUUCUUUAAAGGACUAUUUGUUAUUUAUAUAGUGAUACAUAUAAUAAUGCAUAUCUUUGAAGUACAGAACAGAGGCACAGUGUAAGAAUUAUUUAUAAUUUUAAAAAAAUAAGUACUUGAAAAGGAACCUUAUACAGUUAGGGUAUUAUUUUUAGAUUCGGUGAAAGACAUUUAUAGUAUAUAAAAAAUUUAAUGUUUGAAUUUUGCAGGUAUUUUAUAUUAUGCGCCUUUUAAGUUCUCAAUGUCUUUGGCUACCACUAUGAACUUGAAAACAUUCCAUUUGAAAUAUCAUCAAAUAUAUAUAUAUGGUAUGGUUUAACCUACCAUAUUAAAAGGCAUUAAGCAUCGUGUUUUAAAUUGACAUUAUAGGUUUGCUUCUAAACAUGCUGUAAAUCAAUGGAGGUAUACUAUGUUUUAGGAAAAUAUAGUGAAGAAAGUUGUAACCUCUAUUGAGGCUUAGCUGGAUAGCUGAUGAGAUCUGUACUGGACUUAAGAGAAUAUAACACUGCAUCUGAACAUUAGAUCUGAAUGUGAUGUCAGACAAGUUUUAAAGAUUUGGAACUAACAGUUUUCUUCAACAUAAACAUUCUUAAUAAUUUUGAUUGUUGCGCCUCAGUCAAUAAUUACCCAACACAUGAUUUUUAAUGUAAAUGUAAAAGAUCCAAAUUAAAACUAGAUUUAAAAGGUAA